AUGCGCAGGCGUGCCUUCUUGAGUGGGGAUUGGUGGGAGACGGGGCAGGACGGGACUCCCGUUCCGCGCACGCUCUGUGGGCGCAGAGGGCUGAGCUGCCGGUACCGGUUGGUGAAAGUGUUGGGGCCUGAGGCGUCCUCCCUAUCCCUCCCACUCCCAGCGCCUCCAACGGCAGACGAUUCAUCAAGGAUUUUGUAUCCAAGGCCCAAAAGUUUGUUACCCGAGAUGAUGAAUGCUGACAUGGAUGCAGUUGAUGCUGAAAAUCAGGUGGAACUGGAGGAAAAAACGCGACUUAUUAACCAAGUGUUGGAACUUCAACACACACUUGAAGACCUCUCCGCAAGAGUAGAUGCAGUUAAGGAAGAAAAUCUGAAGCUAAAAUCAGAAAACCAAGUUCUUGGACAAUAUAUAGAAAACCUCAUGUCAGCUUCUAGUGUUUUUCAAACAACUGACACAAAAAGCAAAAGAAAGUAAGGGAUUGACAUCCCUUCUGUUUUAUGGAA